GCUAGGAAAGGCAGGUAAAAAGGAGAGGAAGAUUGUCAUUAAGAAUGCCGAUAUGUCUGACGAAAUGCAAGAAUAUGUGCAGCAGCUCGCCGGGGACGCCUUCGAAAAGUUCACCGUCGAGAAGGACAUCGCUUCGUACAUCAAGAAAGAUUUCGACAGGGAAUACAAUCCGACAUGGCACUGCAUCGUCGGGAGAAAAUUUGGAAGCUACGUGACGCACGAGACCAAGCACUUUGUCUACCUGUACGUGGACCAGGUUUCAGUGCUCCUCUUUAAAUCGGGAUAGAUACGAAGCUAGUACUCCUCUUCAAAUCGGGGUAGAUGUGGAGCUCUAUUAAAAUUCAAUAUCCUCCUGGAAAUAAACUGACAAGCACGAGCUUAAAUUUGGACCGGUAUUUUCGAUGCAGCGGCCUAAUCUACAAUUAUCUUUCUCGAUCAACUGGAUCUCUAUCCAAACGAAAUACAG